AUGGACGGGUGCAUUGGAGGUGUGAGGGGGCGCGCUUGUGCCGCCGUGCACGCGCGACCUCCUGCCCAGUGCACUCGAGCGCGUGCACCACGCUUUCAGAGAUGUUUUUCGAUACCGAAACGGAGCGUUCGUCGCCCGAACGAGCCGCGGAGAGAGCAGGGACAUCCGCUGCACAGAGCGAUGGCCUCGUCGCCCGCAGCGCCGCGUACGGCCGACGUGGCGCACGCGAGCGCUCUUCUGGAGCCCCUGGAUCUCGGGCCGGGAGUGCGGCUGGAGAGCCCGCUCAUCCUCGCGCCGAUGGCCGGCUACACGAGCUGGCCCCUCCGGCAGCUCUGCUUCGAGUACGGCGCAGAAAUGUGCACGUCGGAGAUGAUCAUCGCCUCCACCCUCCUCGACCGCUCGCCGCGCGCCCAGCACCUCGCCCGCAUGGGCCCGGACGAGCACCCGCGCUCCGUCCAGCUCUACGGCAUCGACCCGGCGCGCAUGCGCGACGCGGCGAAGCUCCUGGCCACGGAACACGGCGCGCAACACAUUGACAUCAACCUAGGGUGUCCGGUGCGCAAGGUCACGGCGCGCGGCGGCGGCGCGGCUCUGACGGUCCGCUGGGGCCUCGUCGGGCGGCUCGUGGCCGCCACCGUCGCUGGCGCAGGCCCCGGCGUGGCGGUGACCAUCAAGACGCGACUCGGCAUUUCCGACGACUUGCUGACGUUCAAGGAGACGGCAGCGGCGGCGCGCGACGCGGGAGCGGCGGCGGUGACGCUCCACGCGCGGACGGCGGAGCAGCUCUACGCCCCCCCGGCGCGGUGGGGGGGUAUUCGCGAGCUGCAGGACAGUUUGGGUCUGCCCGUGAUUGGCAACGGGGACGUGCGCGGGGGGCACGACGCGGUGCGGAUGGUGCAGGAGACGGGGUGCCGCGGGGUGAUGGUCGGGCGUGCGGCGCUGGGGCGGCCGUGGGUGUUCCGGGAAGUAGCUGCGGCUCUGAGGGGGCAGCCGGCACCCCCCCCUCCUGCGCUCGCAGAGGUGGUGGCAGUGGCGCAGCAGCACGUGCACGGGCUGGCGGACUGGGAGGGCGACGAGCUGACCUCGGUGCUGAAGAUGCGGUCGCUCGUCCCGCUGUACCUCCUCGGGUUCCCCUCCGCCGCGGAGCUGCGCAAGCGGCUGCAAAAGGCCAACUCGCUCGGAGAUUGGGAGGCUGCGAUCGCCGUGCAAGACUGGGAUCCAAAGGAGGCGCCGGAUCCGGCGGCGGCGGCGGCUGCUCGUCUGAAGGGGAAGGAGCCUGAGGGGUACAAGAAGAAAGUGGCACUCCCCCCCGGGUGGCUGGACUCGUGGGGCGGCACGGAGGACGUCGAGGGCGGGACGGACGACGCGUGCGAGGGCUGA